AUGUCUAUCCUCAUCAUCAACGGACCCAACCUCAACCUCCUCGGUACCCGCGAGCCUGCAAUCUACGGCUACGAAACUCUGUCAGAUGUCGAGACAGCAGCGAAGUCCCUUGCCCAAACCCAUGGCCUUUCACUAGAGACAUUCCAAUCCAACCACGAAGGCGCAAUCAUCGACCGCAUCCACGAAGCGGCAGGUUUCGGACCCCAAGGAGAUGGCCAAAGACAUGUAGACUGGAUCAUCAUCAACCCUGGUGCUCUGACACAUACUUCUGUGGGCUUGAGAGAUGCAUUGGGUGGAGUGAAUAUUCCAUUCGUGGAGUGUCAUAUUAGCAAUGUGCAUGCGAGGGAGGAGUUUAGACAUAAGAGCUACUUGAGCGAUAAAGCUGUUGCUGUUAUUGCUGGAUUGGGAACGUUUGGAUACGAAGCUGCGGUUAAUUUUGUUGCGAGGAAGAUCAAAGCUGGGAAUUAG